AUGGUUGGUUACACCGUAGCUCUGGUGGUGAUAACAGUGAUAGCCUCUCCUUGUGCUUAUGGAAAACAGUUAUCUGAUCAACAAGAAAUCAAAGUACAAAGAUUUUUGAAGCGGCUCAAUAAGCCUGCUCUUAAAUCCAUUAAGAGUGAAGAUGGAGAUAUAAUAGACUGUGUUCCAAUAACUAAGCAACCAGCUUUUGACCACCCUCUACUUAAAAACAUCCAGAUGAGACCGAGUUUUGUUCCUGAAGGUGGUUCUACGUUCACCAAGAAAGAGGCAAAGGCUAUAACACAGGUGUGGCACAAGAAUGGAGUGUGCCCAAAUAACACUGUUCCUAUAAGAAGAACAAAGAAGGAAGAUAUCUUACGAGCAAAAUCCAUUGAGAGUUUCGGGAAAAAGAGACAUAAGAGUUUCGGGAAAGGGACUCAUCAGAGCAACCCUGGAGAAGGCCAUGAGGGAGAUUACAAGAGUUUGAUGAAAUCAAACCCUAGGAAUCUAAGAAGCUUAUCAAAGCAAAAGUGUUAG